AUGUGUUCCAACGCGAACGAGGAAGAGGCAUUCGCGCUAUUAUGCGACAUUCUGCCCGGCCUCCCCAUUGACCGAGUCCGGGUCACCCCAAACGGCGGGAUUCAACAGAUGUACCUCGUUGACAUAGCUGGCGAGGACGGCCCAAUCCUUCUCACCACAGCCCAUAAAUCUUGGGUCAAACCCUUAAGGUCUGAAUACUGUUCCAUCUCGUCCGAAGCUGCUCUGUGGGCUUGGUACACAGUUAUAUCUCCUGGGGCUUUCCGUGGAGAAGGGGCCAACACCAAUAAUGGAAAAAAUAGCCACGAAGUUCGAGAAAAUCCCGACAGUGACGUUUACUCCGCGAGGCUAUACCUAACAGGAUUCUUGCCAACUCUCAUCAAGUACGGUCUGCCGAUCCCUGAGGCCCAAGUCCCCGAGUUCAGCCUCAGCCGCCCACGACCAGGCAAUACCGUCUCAUCGCUCCCCCUAUCCCCGAACAACGAUGACUAUGCAUCCAUAAAUCAGCAAGCGGGGCAGCUGUUCCGCCGCAUUGCUUGCCAUGUCUCACCCACUGGAAGAUUUGGUGACGUUGCUUCUGUUAUGCGGCCAUUGUCAGUGCUUCCAAUGCGGCCUGUUGUCCGAUCUCCAGCAAAUUCGCCGUAUAUUUUUGGAACUGCGUCAUGGUCAGGUGCCUUCCACCUCAUGCUCGAGUCGGUUCUACGCGACCUAGAAGAUCGUUUCGUGAACAUCUCCUAUUCUCGCAUAAGGGGCCACUUUAAGCGACUAAGGCCCCUACUGGACAAAGUAACGAGACCUUCUCUGGUCUCCAUUACGUGCAGUGAUAUGCAAAACCUACUGGUCGUUGAAUCAGACACUAAGGAUUCGGAUUCUUCGACACUAUCCAGCGAGGCAGAAGCUCCCAAUAGCCCCCCAGCAGACCAGGACCCUGAGCCUCAUACCCGACCGACUACCCCAGAAACUCGAGACAAAUACAAGGUUACUGGUUUGCGUGACUGGAGCAUGUUAGUUUUUGGUGAUCCUCUGAUCGCAACCGUUUUCAACGACAAGGCACCUGAAAGUUUCAUGACCGGCCUCCGCCAACCAAUAGCGGAGGACGAUCCCUUCAUCUCCGUUUCCAUAAUUGAACACGCAGAAUCCGCGCCUCUUAGGUUACUUCUCUACAAAUGCUAUCAUGCUUUGAACGAUUUAGCGAAGCAAUAUUACCAUACCCGCCAAGGCGAUGCCGAAUUGGAGGCUCGCCGACGCUUGCUCCUUGUGCUAAGCGAACUUGAUAAGAUCAAGGAUGAAACUGUCUUUGAGGAAAAGCUUCAGGAAAACACCGCCAUCAGUGAAGCUAGGAUAGAUGCAGAUGCUGUUGGCACGAACAAGAAGUUUGGUGUAGCGAGCUGA